UUGCUGUUCAAUUUGGGGCCAAGUACCUACUCUCACGGAAGACCAUCAUUGCUGAGUGAAGAUAAGCCUCGACUGAGCGGGAAAAAUGGCGGAGAAGAGCUUCAAGUACGUCAUCCUAGGCGGCGGCGUCUCUGCUGGAUAUGCAGCAAGGGAGUUUGCCAAGCAAGGAGUAAGGCCUGGAGAACUAGCAAUUAUCUCCAAGGAGGCGGUUGCUCCCUAUGAGCGUCCUGCCCUUAGCAAGGGAUAUUUAUUUCCUGAAGGGGCUGCUAGACUACCAGGUUUCUAUGCCUGUGUUGGUAGUGGUGGUGAAAAACAGCUUCCAGAAUGGUACAAAGAGAAAGGGAUUGAUUUGAUACUGAGCACAGAAAUAGUGAAAGCUGAUAUUGCUUCCAAGACUCUUGUCAGUGCAGCUGGGGAUAUCUUCAAGUACCAGACUCUGAUAAUUGCUACCGGUUCUACUGUUAUCAGAUUAAGUGAUUUCGGGGUUCAAGGUGCAGAUUCCAAGAAUGUCCUUUAUUUGAGAGAAAUCGAUGAUGCGGACAAGUUGGUAGAAGCAAUAAAAGCCAAGAAAGGAGGAAAGGCCGUUGUUGUCGGAGGAGGUUACAUAGGUCUUGAGCUUAGUGCAGCUUUGAGGAUCAACGAUUUCGAUGUCAGUAUGGUUUUCCCGGAACCUUGGUGCAUGCCUAGGCUAUUCACACCCGAGAUUGCUGCUUUCUAUGAGGCUUAUUAUACGGACAAGGGAGUGGAAAUCAUCAAGGGAACUGUGGCUGUUGGGUUCACCGCUCAUCCGAAUGGAGAGGUGAAGGAAGUACAACUCAAAGACGGAAGAUCCCUCGAAGCUGACAUCGUGAUUGUCGGAGUUGGGGGGAGACCGAUGACAACAUUGUUUAAGGGACAGGUCGAGGAAGACAAAGGCGGAAUCAAGACCGAUGGAUUCUUCAGAACGAACAUUCCCGAUGUCUACGCCGUUGGGGACGUUGCUACUUUCCCAUUGAAAAUGUACGGUGACAUGAGAAGAGUCGAGCACGUCGACCAUUCCCGCAAGUCAGCCGAGCAAGCUGUGAAGGCCAUAAAAGCGGCGGAGAAAGGCGGAUCGGUGGAGCAAUACGACUACCUUCCGUACUUCUACUCUCGUUCCUUUGAUCUGUCAUGGCAGUUUUACGGCGACAACGUCGGAAACUCGGUCCUUUUCGGAGACAGCAAUCCGAAGGAUCCGAAACCGAAAUUCGGAGCGUAUUGGAUCAACGAAGGGAAAGUAGUAGGAGCGUUCUUGGAAGGAGGAAGCCCGGAAGAAAACAAAGCAAUUGCUAAUGUGGCCAGCAGUAGACCUGAGGUUGAGAGCCUCGACGCAUUGAUGAAGCAAGGCCUUUCCUUCGCCACCACGAAGAUGUGAAAAAACAUAAGCAUAUAAACACGUGUCACAAAACAACAAAAUAAAAAAGAGACUGAACUGUUGUUUGUGUUCAAGCUUCGGACAUUGGUUGGAUCUUGUUGGGAGUAUAUAACCGAAUCUUGCUACUUGAAUAACGGUGAGAAUUCAAGUAUGUUCGGACAAAGAAUAAUGCUAUUUCUUCCUAAAAUUUUCUAUUUUUUAA